GCUCCGGGCGCAGCCUCCUGCGGGCGUCCCUCUCCAUGGAGGGGGGACCGGGGGCGCCCGGGGCCGACAGCCCGAGCCGGGCCGUGGAGUACCUGCUCGAGCUCAACAACAUCAUCGAAAGCCAGCAGAAGCUGCUGGAGACCCAGCGGCGCCGGAUCGAGGAGCUGGAGGGGCAGCUGGAGCAACUGAGCCAGGAGAACCGGGACCUGCGCGAGGAGAACCGGGAGCAGCCCAGCCGGGAGCGGGAGGGGCCGUGCCACCAGCACCCGGGCCGGGAGUACGAGAACCGGACACAGCGGGACGGGCAGUUCCAGAACCGGACGGAGCGGGAGGGCCAGUUCCAGAACCGGACAGAGCGGGACGGCCAGUUCCAGAACCGGACAGAGCGGGACGGCCAGUUCCAGAACCGGAUGGAGCGGGACGGCCAGUUCCAGAACCGGGAAGGGCAGUACCAGAACUGGGAAGGGCAGUACCAGAACCGCGGGGAGCGGGACGGGCAGUACCAGAACCGGGAGGGCCAGUACCCGAAGCGUGGGGACGGGCCGUACCAGAACCGGGACAAGGAGCGAGAGCCGCACCCCGGGAACCGCGAGGGGCCCUACCAGAACCGGGACGGCCACUACCGAGACCAAUGCCAGCUGCACCGAGACAGCGGCUCCCUCCGGGAGCGGAGCGGCCCCCACCAGAACCGAGACAAGGAGCGGGAGUACCCCCGCCCGCCCCGGGAGAGGGAGCGGGGCCCGCUGAGCCGGGGCGUGUCGCGGAGUUCCAGUCCCGGAGCCGGCGGGGGCCACAGCACCAGUGCCAGCACCAGCCCCGCCACCACCCUGCAGAGAAAGUCCGACGGCGACAACUCCCGAACCGUCAGCUGGUGCCCUCUUGCUCUGGCCCUCGUGCGCCGAGCCCGUGUCGAGCCAGGACUCGGGGGCGCUGGGAGACCCGCCAGCUUCGUGACGGGGCAGGGGCUGGUGGUCGUACCGUAA